GGAGGAGGAGAGGAAUGCUGAGCGGACUGAGCAAAAGGGAAGAGAAGAGCAACAGAGGAGCAAUUAAGCAGUGGAAAGGAAAGCAAAGCAAAGCACACAUGCGGAGCGGCUUCUGUCGCUUGCGCGCUCUCUCUCUCUUGAAUGACCAAAGAGGCAGAAGUGAAGCCAUCCAGAAAACAAUAAAGGACAAGAGGAGGCAGACGAGAGGCAGGGGGAGGAGCAAGUGAGCUUUGAUUGGCAGAGGGAAGAAGAGGGGCAUGGAGGAAAAAUUAGGAAUUUGAUUUUCUGGGAAUGGAUAUUUUUAGCGAAGACUGAAACAUUAAAAAAAAAAAAAACAAGAGGCUAAAAGCAACAGAAAAUAAAGGAUGUUGUUUGAGAUUAACAGCAAGAUGGAAAAGAAAGGGAGAGAGAAAGAGGAGAGAGAGUGAGAUGCUGAAUUUGGACCCUGUCAGAACAGAUUCUACAUCAGCGGCACUCAGCUCUCCUGCAGGCAAGAGUCGGUGUGUGUGUGUCAGUGUAUGUGUGUGUAUGAACUAGAACAAAGUACGACCUCUCUCACACAAGGGUUUUGCCCUUGUGCUCCCAUAGCUGAGGACAGAGAGAUAGAGAGAUCGGCGACAGAGAGAUAGAGAGAUCGGCGGGCUAAAAGCUUUUGUUUAUCCCUGACAAAGCCUGAGAAAAAGAGGCAAAAAGACAAGAUGAGUGAGUUUGAGUGUGUGUAAUUGGUCCGGGUGCCCAUGGGGUAAUGGAACCAGUUAUAGCUUGUGUUUGGGAAAGAAUCUCUCAAGGGAAUGUAGAGGGGGAUUUACAGUACAGCUAAUUACGCAUACAGGUCAGGUUGCCUGAAGACUGUCUGUCUUCACUCUUGUGACUCAACUGGCAUUCGGACACUUUCUGUCUUCCACAAUCCAUUUCUCUUUUUCAUUAUUUUCUCUUACUCUAAUUAUCUGCCUUGUAUCUAUUGAAUCUUUUUCUCUCAUUAAGAUCACUUCCAUUGUAACUGCCUCACUGACUCCGAUUCCCUCUCCUGUACUUCAGCAGAAGCUUGGAGAAGUUAUUUAGGAGAUUGCAGGCUGUCCCCAAAACCCAGACAAACUUUGGGUACUCUGACCAGAUGGACUGAGGAGGGAGAGGGAAUGAAGAGAGAGAGUGUUAAAGUGCCAGAUAAAGUGACAGAUUAAAAAGGAAAAUAGCCUGGGGAUUUAGCCUAAGGGGUUAUUUAGAGUUGCCUGAGGGCAUGAAGACAUGUGUUGAUUUUUUUGGGCCACCUUAAGGAGCAGUGUGUUUGUGUGUGGGUAUGUGUUUAGCUUAUCCAGAAAAAAAGUUUUAAUAAGUUUGGAAGGAUAUUUAAGCAGAUGGUAGAAGCAGAGCUUAAAAGUGUGUUGUGGUUGUACACUUUGAUUAAAGCUUAAGUAGUUCUGUGAAUGUGUUAGAAUAGCUUGUUUUGCUGAACUCUUAGUCAUAUCAGUAUUCUGGAAGUCAGUGUUCUGGCUCUCCCAUGAGGGCCCCGGCCGUGAAGGCCUGGCUGGGAGAUGAAGCCUUCCCCCUUGCUGCUUUAGCAGCUCUGUGGGCCCUCAUGGCUCUGGAAGGCCGCUGUCUACGCCCUGCCACGCCCACACCGGGCCAAAGGAGGGCCCGCCAUCAUCCCACCCAACCCAGAGCCCCAAGAGAUGGUUUGUCCAGCCUCACUGUGGCCCUCCUGACACAAACUCGCCUCCAUGGUUUACGGCACAUCUGUACCCCUACUAGUUCUCUUGGCCACCGGGCGUUCUGGAUGUUAGCGUUCUGUACGUCUCUGGGUCUUCUGUUGUCUUGGUCCUCGAAUCGCUUGCUUCACUGGCUGGACUUCCCUACACACACAAGAGUCCACACGGAGUGGGCAAGAGAACUCGCCUUUCCCACGGUCACCAUCUGUAACAAUAACCCCAUUCGCAUGUAUCACCUUACUAAAAGUGAUCUGUACUUCGGGGGUCACUGGCUCGGACUGUUGCUGGCUAACCGCACGGCCAGACCCCUGGUCCUGGACCUGCUUCAAGAUGACAGGCGGGUCUGGUUCAGCAAGCUGUCAGACUUCCGUCUUUUCCUGCCUCCGCGGCGUUUCGAGGGCACCAGCUUGGAAUUCAUGGACCGACUGGGCCACCAGCUGGAGGAUAUGCUCCUGGGCUGCAAGUACCGUGGAGAGCCCUGUGGAGCUCACAACUUCUCUACUGUGUUCACACGUUACGGAAAGUGUUACAUGUUUAACGCUGAAGAAGAGGGAAAAACAUUGAGGACUACGAUGAAGGGGGGCACGGGCAACGGCCUGGAGAUCAUGUUGGACAUCCAACAAGAUGAAUACUUGCCCAUAUGGGGAGAAACAGAAGAGACAGCGUUUGAAGCAGGAGUGCGGGUGCAGAUCCACAGUCAGGCGGAGCCUCCCUUUGUGCAUGAGCUGGGUUUUGGAGUUGCCCCAGGGUUUCAAACGUUUGUGGCUACCCAGGAGCAAAGACUGACAUACCUUCCUCCUCCGUGGGGUGGGUGUGUAUCCAGAGCCCUGGAUUCAGGCUUAUUCCAGGUUUACAGUGUGUCUGCCUGCCGCAUAGAGUGUGAAACACGCUACAUCAUAGAGAACUGCAACUGCAGGAUGGUCUACAUGCCUGGAGAUUCUCCAUACUGUACUCCUGAACAGUACAAGGACUGUGCUGAACCUGCUCUGGUUGCUCUUUCGGCUGUUGAAGGCACUAACUGUAUCUGCAGGAGUCCCUGUAACAUGACACGAUACAACAAAGAACUUUCUAUGGUCAAGAUCCCCAGUAAAACCUCUGCACGCUACUUGGAGAAGAAGUUCAACAGAUCUGAGAAAUACAUCACGGACAAUAUUCUGGUUCUGGAUGUGUUUUUCGAGGCACUGAACUAUGAGACUAUAGAGCAGAAGAAAGCUUAUGAGGUGGCAGGUCUACUAGGUGAUAUUGGUGGUCAGAUGGGUUUGUUUAUCGGUGCAAGCAUUCUGACCAUACUGGAGAUAUUUGAUUAUGCGUAUGAGGUGGUGAAGGAGAGACUGUUGGACCUGCUGAACCGGGAAGAGGAGGAGGAGAGUCAUGGAGAGGAUGUGAGCACCUGUGAUCCUGUGGUGAACCACUCAGAAUCGAUUAGCCACACAGUCAGUGUUUCUCUGCAGACCACCCUGGGUACCCUAGAGGAGAUUGCCUGCUGAGUGCAUUUCCUCUUAACACCAUCAGGGGGAGCCAGACCAUCUGCCUCUCACUUCCUACAGACGGAAUUGGUACCCAAAGGGUGACAGGCUGAGGAAAGAGAGGAAAAGGGAUUUAAUCUCUUUUUCUCGCUUAAAUUUUGAAACUGUCACGUCAUCAUUUGGCAUAAACAUGAGAACCAGAAGCAAAGGAGCUUCUUGAGGAACUUAAGGACCUCAAAGUUUCUCGCACACACCAUCUGCUUGUUUUGGACUCAUGAAGGAAAGCAGAAGCUUGUGGACCUGUCAGGACAGCUACUUGUAAACAAACAGAUAAACACGAGCAUGUGAGGAUCUCCAAAUGCUCAUGGCCUCAGCAUGCUCUCGCAUUCUCUCUCUACCCAGCCUCCAUUUUGAAGUCUACUGCCAAAACACUAAAUUAUUAAGCAGAGAAAAUGUUGUGAAACUGUUCUAACUGUGCAUGUGUCAAUUUCACGCUUUACAAUACAGUUUUUUCAAACAUGUCAUUCUCUCACAUGCGGAGAAUGUUUUGCCUUCUUGUGCUGUACGUUUGCUACUUGUUCCUGCAUCUGAAUUGACUUGUGAUGUAUCAGGGAUGCAUCAUAAAACCAAGAGUCUUUCCCUUCCUAACUUUAUUUAUUUAUUUUUAUUUAUUUAUUUUUUUCAUAUUUAGUGGAACCUGAAAAGCAGAAUGGGUCACAGUACUGUGGUAGCCAUUAUGAGCCCAUUGUGGCUGUGUAUGAUUUUGCACCUGCUUUAGCCUCCUCGGAACCAAUUUCAAGAAGAGUGAAGAACAGAGUGAGUAAAGAAAAACAUAUUAUGUAGUAUAUUAUGUAUAAGAGUAAAGUAAUACAGCCAGUAGUUUUCAUUUUGUCAAAUGUGAGAGGAGGUAUUUUCACUUACGGAAAGCUGAUAUUAGAAAACUGUUGUGAACAUUCAUACACUUGAUUAAGGCUCUUGUUGAGAGAUACAUAAGCACUUUUUAAUGAUUAGUAAAACACUUUAGAUCUUUAGCUGACAACAAUCUUGAUGCCACUUUUCUUGAACAUUUUCACAGGGAUUUUGCAAACUUGUAAAGAGUUUAGAGGUGUUCAAAGUUUUUAUUAUUUGAGUUAAGUUGCUACAGUUGUCUUUGUCUCAUCUCAUCAGUCUAGAGCUCUUCAUCUGUGCUGCAGUUUGUAACACUGUAAUUGCCAUAUGUUAACUGUAAUAUGUUGCCAAAACAUUCUUUGAUAAUGGAUAAUAGGCAGUACCAAGGUGCGCUUGUGUUUUUUUUCUAGUCUCUAACUAAAUGUAAGGUUCCUGGAACAAGUUUCAGUAUAAAUCAAGGCUUAACUGACCCAUUCAUUCUGCACAGCAAUUUAUUGACUGUGAUGGAAAAAAAAUAAUCUUUCAGAAUGUUCUUUGGCAGAAAAUAGUGAAAAGAAGGUCCUGUGCAAGGAGAUAAAGCUUGUUGCCUGAUUGCAUUUCUCAAAUUUACACCUUUUAUUCCCAUACUUAAUAUAAGAAUAUUAAUGGGUACAAAAUUAAGCCACAAAAUUAAAAGAAAAAAGAAACGUGUGUAUUUAAAUUGUAAUUGGUGACUUUCAGCACAUUGUUCUGGGACACAAAGUGCUCACAGCAACGAAAACACAUGACGAGUCAGUCUACUAAGAGUAUGCAAAUAUUUGUUAUAAAUAUCCAUUCUAAGCUCUCUUUGUUUGUGGAUUAAUAGUAGUUAUUGUUUUCAUGCUCCCUUAGGGCAACAUUAUUCUUAAAGCCUUUACAGUAUUUUAUGUAAAACUUAUAUAUGAGAAAAUAACACAAAGAGAGGGAACACUAAUUUUACUACAUGGAACAGAAUAAAGAAUGUCUGCAAUGGAUUGUUUGUGGCAUGUGAGAGAGUCGUGUUAUUGUGUUAAUACCAACACAUGUUGCCUAAUGUGUGUUGUUAUCUUCAGUGAAAAUAGUGUGGGGAAAUACAUGCAGAUAUCCAGAUUCACAAAGUGUGCGAUCUUUAUCAUAAUGUAGAUUUAUCAAAAUUUACCUUUUUUCUGAAUUCAAUUUGCUCAGUUUGAUCAAAUGUAAUGAGCUGUGGAGGAUAACAUGUCUUAUCCUUAUUCGUCCUAAAUUGUGAUUUCUUCUAAAUCUGUAAGUCCAAGUCUGUAAGUUAAGAGGGUUUCUAGUACAUUCACACAAACAAAAAUGCAGAAAACCACAGCAUCAGCCCACAACUUGCAUCUGCCCACAACAUGGUUUGUAACCCUAAGGGUAAUUACGCCAGGACCUCAGACCUUAGAAAUGAAAACAAUAAAGGCUAAAUGGAUUUCA